CAGAGAGCCACAACACUACUUUCACGUCGACCACGGCAACCACGUCUCAUCCUCAUACGCUUUACACAACCAUGGCUACCAAUAAUCAGCUCAAUAAGCUGGCUUUCUUGUCUAUGCCGGCGCCGGCAUCUUAUGUCGCUGGUCUUGGUCGAGGUGCUUCCGGAUUUACAACCCGUUCUGAUAUCGGUCCCGCACGAGAAGGCCCCUCCGCCGAGGUCAUUGCUGAGGCUCAAGCAAGGCGAGGCGAAGAGCCUGAUAUUGAUCAAGAGCAGUUUCAAGAUCCUGAUAAUGAAUAUGGUCUCUUUGCGGGUACUACGUAUGAGGCCGAUGACGAGGAGGCGGACCGGAUUUAUGAGCAAGUUGAUCAGAAUAUGGAUGCGCGGAGGCGAGCUCGCAGAGAAGCGUUUGAGAACGCGCAAAUGGCGAAGCAUCGUGCGGAGCGUCCGAAGAUUCAACAGCAGUUUGCGGACCUCAAGCGAGGCUUAGCGGUUGUCACAGAUGAGGAGUGGGAGAACAUUCCUGAGGUGGGCAAUCUCACGAAGAAAAAACGUAAGAGGGACGAGAGGUCAUUCGUUGUACCCGACAGCAUCUAUGUCGGAGACAGGUCUAAGACCGAGUACGAGAAUUCCCUGGAUGCGAGGCAACAAACGAUUGGAGGUUUCGAGACCCCAGCUGAUAGCGGCACGCUGACCAACUUUGUUGAGAUGGGUCAGGCUCGUGACAAAAUUCUGUCGUUGAAACUUGAUCAGGUAUCAGGUACUUCGACAAGUUCUGGGCUCUCCACAUCCAUCGACCCCAAGGGCUAUCUCACCUCCUUGGACAGUGUUGUUCUCAAGACGGAUGCUGAGAUUGGUGACAUCAAGCGCGCACGAAUGCUAUUUGACUCCCUCGUGAAGUCGAAUCCCAAGCAUGCGCCAGGUUGGAUCGCAGCUGCCUGUCUGGAAGAACACGCCGGUCGUAUGGUUGCUGCCCGCAAGCUCAUUAAGCAAGGCUGCGAGCAAUGUCCUAAGAGUGAGGACGUUUGGCUCGAGGCAGCUAGGUUACAUAACAACGACGACGCAAAGGUGAUUCUUGCGAAUGCGGUACAACAUGUUGGGCAGAGUGUCAAGAUAUGGCUGGCUGCUGCUGACUUGGAGCAUGAUAUUAAGGCGAGGAAGCGAGUUCUGCGCAAGGCUCUGGAGCACAUCCCGAAUUCGGUACGCCUCUGGAAGGAAACUGUCAACCUCGAAUCAAAUCCUGUAGACGCACGAAUCCUGUUAUCGCGUGCAGUGGAGGUCAUUCCGCUGUCGGUCGAGCUCUGGCUGGCACUUGCACGACUCGAGACCCCUGAGAAGGCAAAAGCAGUUCUCAACAAGGCUCGUAAGGCUGUACCUACGAGCCACGAGAUCUGGAUUGCCGCAGGCAGGCUUCUUGAGCAGGAGGCCUACGUUGAAGGCAAGUCGGAGGAGCAGCGCAAUAAAGAGCUUGAGGUCGUCGAUAAGACUAUCGAGGCUGGUGUCCGCCAGCUUCGCCAUCAUGGUGUUCUCUUGACGCGCGAACAAUGGCUCAAGGAAGCGGAGCGAUGUGAGAACGAAGGCUCGCCAAGGACAUGUCAGGCUAUCGUGAAGGCAACCGUGGCGAUGGAAGUGGAAGAGGAAGACAGACUCGACACAUGGAUGAGUGAUGCAGAGAGCGCGGAGUCCAGAGGAAACGUUGGCACCGCCAGGGCUAUCCUGGCGUACGCGCUCAAGGUUUUCCCAGACAAGAGGGUACUCUGGAGGAAGGCUGCAGAUCUCGAGAAGGCUCACGGCACCAGAGAAUCGCUUAACGCAAUACUCGAGCGCGCUGUUCACCAUUGUCCCCAGGCAGAAGUUCUCUGGCUCAUGUGGGCGAAAGAGAAAUGGCUCGCUGGAGAUGUCCCGGCUGCCCGUGAGGUGCUCGAACGAGCCUUCGUUGCAAAUCCGGAGAGCGAACAGAUUUGGCUGGCGGCCGUCAAGAUCGAAGCAGAGAAUGGCGAGCUCGGCGUCGCUCGAGAGCUCCUGGUCCGUGCGCGGACAGUGGCAAACACUCAGAGGAUCUGGAUGAAAUCUGCCGUUUUCGAACGUGAACAGGGUCAGCUGGAUACCGCGUUAGAGACCCUCGCCAUUGCUAUCAAGAAAUAUCCGAAGUUUGCCAAGCUCUACAUGAUUCAAGGCCAGAUUCAUCAGGACAGGAAGGAUUACGCGGCCGCUCGAGCGUCGUACGCAGCGGGUAUCAAGGCAUGCCCGAAGGAUGUCAUGCUGUGGAUCUUGGCUAGUCGGCUGGAAGAGGCUGACGGCAAGAGUAUCAAAGCCAGAGCACUCCUUGACAAAGCUAGAUUGGCAAACCCAGGAAGCGACGUGUUGUGGGCCGAGGCGGUGGGUGUUGAAGAGCGCAGCGGGGGAUCUGCACAGGCGAAGACCGUUCUUGCCAGAGGGCUGCAGGAAUGUCCGACAUCGGGUCUGCUGUGGUCAAUGACAAUUUGGGCGGAGCCGAGACCGACGCGAAAGUCGCGCUCCGCAGAUGCACUGAGGAAGUCUGCCGAUGACCCGCUCAUCCUAUGCACAGUCGCGAGGUUAUUUUGGGCUGAGCGCAAGAUCGAGAAGGCGAGGCAAUGGUUCGAACGUGCCAUCACUGCCAAUUUCGACAUUGGUGACAAUUGGGGUUGGUGGCUCAAGUUUGAGAGGCAGCACGGCACUAAGGAGCAGCAAGAGGAGGUCAUCAAGAAAUGCGUUGCCGCAGAGCCUCACCAUGGCCCGACCUGGCAGUCGAUAGCGAAAGACUUGAAGAACGUGCGCAAGAGUACCGGGGAAAUACUGGAGCUUGUUGCAGAUGCUUUGCACUGAACUCUUAGAUGCUGAAGAACAGCAUACUGAUCGUCAUUACAUUCUGUAUAGUAUUGUUUUCCCUAUGACAUUGUAAUCUACACUGCGAGUAACCGGAGAUGGCCUAUUGCUCU